CUAUUUUAGUGUUGGUUGCUUGUUCUAAGUGGUUGAGUCGUCUUGUAGUUUUGUUUUGGUUGAAGUGGUCAAAUUGCAGUAACAUUUAGCAAGAUGGCUUAUCGCAUAACGCGUAAUUCUCAAGUCCAUACGGAAAACAGGGCUGUAUUACCGGGGAAAAUGGCCGUGGCACCCAAAGCCGGCCUGAGGCCCAGGGCUGUGCUGGGUGACAUUGGGAACAAAGGAGCUGCUCAGAAGCAAGUUUCAAAAAAGGAGUCUAAACCAGCUUCAAAAGUGCAAAAGAAAAUUGUUAAGCCUGAUGUACCUGAGAAAGAUUUGUCAAAGCCAGUUAAAGAAAUGCAGCCAGUAUCGCCAACCCCAAUGGAGACCUCUGGUUGUGCACCUGAAGAAGACUUAUGCCAGGCAUUCUCGGACGUAUUGCUGAAUAUAAGAGAUGUUGACGCAGACGAUGCGGACAACCCAAUGCUUUGUAGUGAAUACGUAAAGGAUAUCUACAGCUAUUUAAGACAGGUUGAGGUAGAGCAAUCAGUACGCCCCAAGUACUUGGAAGGACAAGAAGUCACUGGAAAUAUGAGAGCUAUUCUCAUUGACUGGCUUGUACAAGUUCAUCUGAAGUUCACACUUCUCCAAGAAACAAUGUAUAUGACUGUUGCAAUAAUUGACCGUUUUCUACAGGUUAACCCAGUGCCUAAGAAAAUGCUUCAACUUGUUGGAGUAACUGCAAUGUUUGUUGCAUCUAAAUAUGAAGAAAUGUAUCCUCCAGAGAUCGCAGACUUUGCAUUUGUUACGGACAAUACUUACACAAAGGCUCAAAUUCGGGAUAUGGAAAUGAAGAUCCUUAGAGUGCUCAAAUUUGGUUUUGGCCGUCCCAUUCCCCUGCAUUUCCUAAGGAGGGCUUCCAAGAUUGGUGAAGUAAGUGCAGAGCAGCACACAUUGGCCAAAUACUUCAUGGAGCUAUCAAUGGUAGACUAUGAGAUGGUACAUUACCCUCCUUCCCAGAUUGCUGCUGCCGCCUUUGCAUUGACAUUGAAAGUGUUCAACUGUGGUGAAUGGACACCUACUUUACAACAUUAUUCAAGUUAUACCGAAAGCUGUUUGACCCCUGUAAUGCAGCACAUGGCUAAAAAUGUGGUAAAGGUUAAUGAAGGUUUAACAAAGUACAUGGCUGUCAAGAACAAAUAUGCCUCUCAAAAACACAUGAGAAUCAGUACUAUUCCUGAACUGAAGACUUCCUUAAUCAAGAAUCUGGCUAAGGCUGUGUAAUUCUAAAAUGUAUAGAUGUAUGCAUGUUUCUAUUUUGGCACCAUGUGUCGUUUUUAUUACUUUUUAUUUUUUUUAUGGGGAUUACCUUAAUGUACAGUUCUGAACUUCCCAUAUUGUGCCUUUUAAAACUUAUUUUACAUUUUGGCAAGAAUUGCCUUUUGUGAAUGAGAUCGUGGAGCUGCAUUUUUAUUAAUAAAGUGUAUUUAACUUGGUUUA